AUGGCGGAGAAAGAACCCCAGUUGAAUGGUUCCUACCCCGGCCCAUCUAUACCACCGCCGAACCAAGAAGACAAACACAAAAGCCGUGGCCGCUUUUGUUGCCUUUUUGGCUGCCUUUGGAAAACCAUAGUGGCCUUGAUUCUCAUCAUUGUCCUUGCUAUCUUCAUCUGCUGGCUUAUCCUUCAACCCAGAAUGUUCAAGGUCCAUAUCACGGAUGCCAAACUCACUCAGUUCAAUUUCACAAACAACAACAACAAUCUUCAAUACAAACUCGACCUCAACAUCACUCUCAGAAACCCCAACAAGAAGAUGGCUAUCUACUUCGACAAAAUCGAGGCCAAUGCGUUCUACGAGGGCCAGAGGUUCGAUACAGAGAAUUUGACGAAAUGGGGUUUUAAAGUAGAACGCAAGAGUACGCAUUUUUUGAAUGCAACGUUUUCAGGUCAGCAAUGGAUGGUGCUUGGAGCUAAUGAGCUUGACUUCAACGAGGAAAAAAGUGUUGGGGUCUAUAGCAUUUAUUUGAAGUGCUAUCUUCGUAUUAGGUUCAGGAUUGGAGAUUUCAUAGGUGGGGAUCACAAGCCAAAGGUUAGGUGCGGAUUGAAAGUUCCAUUGAUUUCUAACGGGAAUUUAUCAACAGCUCGAUUUGAGACUACCAGGUGUGACGUCCAAUUGUUCUAA